CAGUUUGCUUUCAACAGUCGUUUAGUUCAGUUUUCUGUUGUACGUCGUCGAGAAGUUAACGCGCACAUGUGAAAUAAUUAAAAUUAAAAUUAAAAUUGUAACAUAACUGCCUAAAAACAAAAAUAAGCCCAGUCUUAAGAAAACCACGACGUAUUUCAAGUGGAACUAAAAUUCGUUAAGUGUAAAAAAGUAAAUUGCCAAAUAUAAAAAUGCAUUUACAUUAUGCCUUAAUAGUCACAUUGGCCUUGUGUACGGUCAGCGCCCUGGCAGAGAAAAGUGCUACAAUGGAGGCAAUUGCCUACGUGGAGGGUCCCGUAGUGAAGGGUAAUGUUACAUUCAUACAAAAUGGCUGCUCCGAGAACGUUCACGUGCAUGUCUAUUUGACUGGCUUGACACCGGGCAAACACGGUUUCCAUGUGCAUGAGAAAGGCGAUUUGACGAAUGGCUGCGCCAGCACCGGCGGACACUUCAAUCCGGAUAAGAUGGAUCACGGUGCACCUGGUGAUGAAGUACGUCACGUAGGCGAUCUCGGUAAUAUAGAGGCUGAUGCGAAUGGCGUCGUCGACACAACAUUCACCGAUCACUUGAUCAGUUUGACGGGCAAACGAACAAUUGUCGGACGCGGUUUGGUGGUGCACGAAUUGACCGAUGAUUUGGGCAAGGGUAGCCAUCCCGAUUCGAAGAAGACUGGCAAUGCAGGCGGACGUUUGGCUUGCGGUGUCAUCGGUGUCAAGUAAUUAAGAAAACAGACUAAACACACCUCCAUAAGUAUUUACUUGAACAAAUGCAUAGUAUUCUGAUAGAGCUUCAACAAAAUCCACUUAAGCUUUGUUAAUCACUAUGUUGUUCUUAAUUGUUGUACAUUGUGAUGUCACUUUCUAAACGGCUUCGUCUCAGUGAAAAUCUAAUUAUUUUAUUUACGAUUUUUUUCAUUUUCUCCGCUAUUUAAUUUUUGCUACUCUUGAAUCUCAUUUAAAUUUUUCAAUUCCUCUAUUUUAUGCCUUUUAACUCUUUCUCAUUUCUAACUUUAUUCUAUUUUACUCUGUCGGGAAAUUACUGCUUUCCAAAAAGCGAAUCUCUGUAACGGGUUGGCAUUAAGUAACUGGAAUCAAUAAAAAUUUUGUCUUUAAUCAAAUCUGCAAUUAAUA